GGUAACCGCACUAAUUAAGUAUCAAGUGAAACUGAAAAAGUCACUGUUUUUUAUUCAACGCGAGGUGUUUACGCUGAUAUGUUAGGACUUAUAAGAAGAACCUUUGAGGAAUCUCAUAACAGAAGCAACUAUGUUUACGCUUCAAGAAUUUCUAAUGAUGGCAACACUUCAUUAGACGAUUUAAAAAAAGAAGAUAUGAAUGAUAGUUCGGUGCAUUCUUACCAUAUGUGGCUUAAAGAAAGACAAAACGCGAGUGAAAAUAACAAGUCGACUGAAAAUACUGCAGUGAAGGAAGAUGAAGACGAUGAUAGCGGAGAGGAAAACUUUCGCGUAGAUGCUGUUCUCGAACGAGGUCCUUCGCCUCCAGAAUCCGAAAACUCUAAUUCGUAUGAAUGGUCGUAUGAAGAGCAGUUUAAGCAGUUAUAUGAAAUUGACAACGAACCUGAACGAAAAACAUUUCUUGAUGAAUAUUUUGAGUUCAUGAAAAGCAGAACAACCCCCGUUAGUAGAAUUCCGAUAAUGGCAAAGCAAAUUUUGGACUUGUAUCAAUUAUACAACCUCGUUGUUAAACACGGGGGCCUCGUACAGGUUAUUCGAAAUAAACAGUGGAGCAAAAUAACAAAAGGACUAAACCUUCCAACUUCAAUUACCAGCGCUGCGUUUACACUACGCACGCAGUACUUGAAAUAUUUGUAUGCAUAUGAAUGCACUAUGCAUAAUUUAUCAACUCCUAAAGAAUUACAAGCUGCUAUAGAUAGUAAUCGAAGAGACAGGUUUUCUACCUUAUAUCACUCGGAGCCUACAAUGACGCCAAAUUCUCGAGAUGAGCGUUUUACUGGAUAUCCAGUUAACGGUUGUGAAUAUCCAGUUACUCAGCAGCGUCAUCAUGUUCCUCCGCAUCCAGUUUUAGGAUCACAAAUCGACAUGCGAUAUGGAUUAAAACGGCACAGCGAUGCGUUAACUUCAAAGCCGUUUGAUAAAUACAUGGAUAGUCCCAAGGUAAUUGUUCUGCAAGACGGAAAUCCUUCAAUGAAUGAUACUCGUGAUCCGCGUGAUCCUCGUGCUAAUAAAUUAAGUCCUCCGCCAUCAUUUCAUCAUCGUUCUCGUUCACCUAGUCACGAAAAUGAAAUGCGUACACUUGCACGACAUGUAUUAGAAGAAGAAACAAGAAGAAGACUUAUAUGUAAAGACAAAAAUUGCAACGGGUUUGAUUGCCAAUACCCAAGACAAGAUUUUCAUAGGCCAAGAGGUCAUAACGAAAAUAUGCUAAAUACGUGCACAUGCGCAUACUGUAAAGAUUAUACAUCAGGAAAUAAUUAUUCAACAAAUCUAAGAGACUUAUCACGUCAUCACAUGGAUGGAGCAAGUGCAAACCAUGAUGCUACAAGAAGCCAUUUGCAUACUUCUCCGCGUGGAGAAAGAAAUUUUUCUUCUAUACCAACUUCUGUAAAAAAAGAUGAUAAAACUAACGAUAACGAGACUAUGACAACUUUGAAAAUUAAGCUACCAAACUUACGCAAAGGCGGUACAAUACAAAUUUCUCUUGAGGUUGAGGGUGUUCUUUAUGAAGGACUUAUGAGCGCAAAAACCGUAAACAACAAAACAAGUCCGUCGGAUAACAGAAAUGAACCGAAUGAAAACUCCUGAAACCUUCUGCUUUGUUGAUGCGGUAUAAAUAAAGACAAUAGCAUCAAUUGUACAUAUAAACUGCUUAUAUAUUUACGCAUAGAUUUGUUUUUUAGUUGUUUUUUAAUACAGAAGAGAUUUUAGCUAAGUUAUUUGUAUAAAA